ACACUCAAUAGGAUAGAGCAGUUAGAAAGGAUGGAGGCUUCGUUGGUGCUCGUGUUGCUCUUUGCCUCGGCGUUGGGCGACCAAUUCUGCGAGAAGCACCUGAGGGCGAAGGUCUUAAACGGCACCAGGUUGCAAAACGGCAAAUUGGAAGUGGAGCUGGACGCCGGCAACAGGAGUGUCUCCUAUGAAGAGGGCACCUUUUGGCAGGAAAAUGGCUUCUGGUGGGUCUGUCCCUGCGCCCAGGGUAACUGCAUUCGGCUCUGCAAAGAAAGUUUGAUCGCGAAAUUAAAUAUAACAAAAUCUGCAUUGCCCGAAUCGAUUGAAGUUUGGAACAGCGACCGUGGUGAGAAUCAGACGGUCCCAAUCAGCGAGCACUUUAACAUCUUGCACGAGGCGGAUUCUGGGUGUGCCGAGGAGCACGGCUCCUUACUCGACGGGCAAUUUCGGAUUUUGUCCGAUGGCUCGCUCUUUUUCCCGUACAGCGAAAAUUCCACCGAGGGCCUUGAAUUGAACACCGCGGAAUCUUGUCUCAUUCCUCAGAAAAACAACGAAUUCCGCGUCUACGUGUGCGAGCAGCCCGCCGACGAGGAUUUGAAGUUCCAAAUCUACAAAAUUUUGGUAGCCAUCAGCGUGGUUUCCCUGACUCUGACCCUGGUGGCGCUUUGCGUUUCUCCAGAACGACACUCGGUGCACAUGCGCUCGGUGGUUUUCCAGUCGGGCAGCCUGCUCGUCGCUUUCGGAGGCACGCUUUUCAAUUACGCAACUGGCCACAACAGCCAUUUCUACGUUUGCAGAAUUACUGCCUACGUCAUCCAGUUUUCCUCUCUGGCGUCCUUUUUCUGGCUCAACGUCAUGUGCAUCGACAUUUACAACACUUUCACCGGUUCUAACGAACGGACCAGCGGGCGAGCCUUCGUAAAACUGUCCGUGUACGCGUGGUGCACGCCGCUCCUGAUAUCCAUCAUUACUGUCGCAGUUGAUUGCCUCUCUAAAGACAAGUGGUUCAGUCCUGGAAUCGGAAUCCCUGAUGGAGACAAUAAAGAAUCCUGUUGGUUCAAAGACGUUUGGAGCCAGCUGCUGUACUUCAACGGGCCGGUGUUGCUGCUCUUGCUGGUCAACUGCUUCCUCUUCUUCCUGACGGUGUGGAAAUUGACGCGGGCCAAGCAGCAAGUGGACAGGGUGCUGCGCAAGAAUCAGGACUCCCAGGUGGCCGCAAGCAAAAAGGACAGGGCCCAACUGUGGCUCUUCGUCAGGCUGUUCCUGCUGAUGGGCUGCACCUGGUUCCUCGAGAUUAUUUCGUGGGCCGUCAACGGUCAGCCGACCUACGUCUGGUACCUGCUCGACGCCAUUAAUGGCCUGCGCGGCGUCUUUAUUUUCUGGUUCUGCGUGCUUUGCAAUGAGAAGAGAAGAACGCCCAUCAGGCAAAGAAUCAAUACUCUGUCCACCAGGAUGAAAAUUCGCACCCAAUUUUCAUCGCUAAAUAUUUCUGCCGAUCGCAAGUUUUACAUGCCAAACCAAUGAUUUCCGGCGAAAAUGACAGGAAAAAUUAUUCAAAAACC